AUGGUUCAGGAAACAAACAAUCCUAACCCUGCAACCAUGGUUCAAACCUUUGAGUGUAUCGCCCAAGACUUACUCCCCAAACUCCAUCGAUGCAUCCGAGUUCCCAAAAGGAUAAUCACAUUCGAGAGAUCCAGCCCGUCGUUCUUUGGCGUCGAGACUCGCACUGCUGACUAUGACAUCAACAACCUCUCAUCCCUAUCUUGGGGAAAAGGUUCCGACUUCAUCCUCGAUUUCGGCAUCCAUAUGGUCGGAUUUCUCUCAUUCCACCUGGACUACGUCGGGAAAAACAUGGACGCUCCAUGUCGGCUACGCCUCACCUUUGGCGAGUCGCCCAUUGAUGUAACGAUGGACAUGAAUGAUGUGGACACCUGGAUCAGCACCGCCUGGCUCCCUGAUGAGAUCAUUAAUAUCGACACAUGUCCGCAUACAAUAAACCUGCCCCGCCGUUAUUCCUUUCGAUAUCUGCGUGUCCAAAUCAUUGAUACCUCCCCCAAGUUCAAGGUAUCGUUCUCGAAUGUACAAUGCGAAUCAGUCAGCGCGGUCAGUCAAGACCAUCAGAUCGAUGCAGUCGAGUUCCCCGAUCCUCUCCUGCAGGAUAUCGACCACGUUUGUAUCUCCACGCUACGAGACUGCAUGCAGACUGUAUUCGAAGACGGCCCAAGGCGAGAUAGAAGGCUCUGGAUUGGGGAUCUCCGCCUACAAGCUCUAGCAAACUACAGCACAUUCCGGGACUUCAAUCUUGUCAAAAAAUGUCUUUUCCAGUUCGCAGCAGUCCAACAUGAAGAUGGCUCGUUAUCAGCUUGUAUCUUUGAAAAGCCCACGUUAAUGGCUUCGACAGACUACAUCGCUGACUACGAUGCUCUAUUUGCUGCUAUUGUUUAUGACUAUGUUCAAGCUUCUGAGGAUACGGAAACUGGGCAUCUGCUUUGGAAGACUGUUCUUGGCUGCCCAAAGAGACUGCUGCGCAACCUUAAUCCCACCACGUACAUUUUUGAGGCCGAACGGAGCAAACAUCACAUAUUUCUCGACUGGGCAAAAGGUCUUGAUAAGAGUGCGGGAGCACAUGGCGUGCUGCUUUAUUGUCUCAAGGCUACGAAUAAGCUCGCUGUACGACUGAACAAGCAGCCUCCGUACAACGAAAUGAUAAGUAACAUGACAGACGCUGCAAACGCGUUCCUCAAGGAUGGUGUCUUUGUGUCUGGAGAAACUCAGCAAGUAAGCUACGCGUCCGCGGCGUGGCUAGUUCUAUGCGAGGCUUUCCCUCCAGCAGUCGCUCGUCAAGCUUUUCUCGCCACUCUUACACAUCCAGAUGCUGUGAAGCCACUCACACCUUAUCUGUGGCAUCACGUUUGCGACGCCCUCGCGGUGCUAGAAUGCUACGAUGAGUGUGUUGAUUUGAUCAGAUCUUAUUGGGGCGGGAUGGUGGAAGCAGGUGCAGAUACGUUCUGGGAAUGUUACGACGCGCAGGAUUGUAUGGCGGGCCCGUAUGGGGAUGUACGUAACAACAGUUGGUGCCAUGCUUGGAGCUGUACCCCGACAUAUCUGCUUAGGACGACGCUGCGCGAGACUGUCAAGGCGACAGGAGUGGGUCGGGUCACCAUGGAUGAGCUGGAUCAACGAUGGAUCAAGAGAUCUUGA